AUGAGUAGCCUGUUCAUGUCUAUGCAUGAGAGAAAAUUUGAAACGAACGAGUACAGUAUGCUUAUCUACACAACUGGCCGUGGCAGCAUCUUAUCUUGUGACAGCUGUGUAGAGCUUAUAACACCUGUCCACAUAAAUUUCCCUAAGGAGUUUAUUCUGAAAGAAAACAGAAUAUUCUGCAAAAUAAGAAUCGAAGGCUGUUAUAGAAGGCUUAAAAUUGUUAAGAUAGAAAGGAUGUCUGGGUCUUGCAAUGCAUACACAGUAUUGAAGAGGUUGAUUCCGAGUGUCUUUGAUGUCAAGUUCAUAAGAAAAGCUAAUCUCCAGAGCUAUCUACAUUCAAACAGAGACCUUAUAAUGAGGUCGUCUCUAAGGAUAUUGGGAAGAGAAACUGUUGACCAAAUAAAUUUGUGGGACAGAAUUAAGUGGCAGUAUGGACAAGACUCUGAAGCUCCUCUGGACGAAACUAAGGAUGUUUCUAGUGACAUUUUAAUAUCGGAUUAUUGGUAA